ACAGCAGCAAUUCCGUAUACAAUGAAAUUAUUACUUGCAUCAGUUCUACUUUUAUCUCUUGUGAUUCACGAAGGAGUCUGUCAAAGAUGCGCAUUUCACAAGAAGUGUAUCAACUGCAGUACUCUACAGACCUGUAGAAACUUCAUGAAUACUCACAUCAUACAAAAUGUGACAUGCUCUUAUUCUGCUCCAUAUUGCGAUCCAUCAGGACUUACAUGUGUAAGAACUCCCACAAUGUCAUGUACGACAACAACAGCAAAAACAACAACAGCAGCGGCACCAGCACCGGCAGUGGAAUCCGAAGAGACAGGCCAGGUCGUCCAAUGACAGCCAUCUUUAAGAGUACAAACUACAGACUAAUCACUUGUAGAACGAAAGAAAUCAUUUCCUUAAAAUAAUCCACCAAUGGAGCCGAAAUCACCAGCGCCUCCAACGCCAAGAACUCCAUAACCUUGAACAAAACAAUCUCCACCUCCGGCUCCACAACCUCAUUCAUCUGUGCCACAAAAACCUCCAUCAGCUCCAACAUCUCAACACCGACAAAACAGUCUCCAUCACAUCCGGCACAGCAAUUUCCAUGACCGCCUCCGUAACAGCCUCCAUCACCUUCACCACAACAACCUUCGUCGGAUCCAGCACCAAAACCUCCUUCUUCGCCGACUUCACUACCUGUACCCUGUCAAACUGAACAAUUUCCACCAACAUCAUCUAGCCAUUCUUCAAUACCACAUACAACAUUGGCUUUGCAAAACCAACCACCAUCAUAUGGCAAAACAUCGGCUAAAGAAGAUUCCCUGACACUUUAGUUAGAAGAUAUUAGCAUGUCUUAGAAAAUAGAUAUAAACCUUUUUUACACUGUAAAAAACGUAAUUGAACGUUAUUAGUUAAACUAAUACUGUAGUACUUUUGUGAGUCUUGUACCAAAGAUAAAUCGAUGUCAAAUAAACAAU